AUGCCCUUACUCAUCGGCAAUGUGAACCACCUCACUCUUAACAUCAAUCGUGAGCAAAUCGUUUCAACGAACUCCAGCACAGUUACGCCCACCACAAAUACCAAGCACGCUACAGUGGUCUCCAUCCCAGCAGUCGUCGGUGGUACUGCUGCCGGGAUCGCCCUUGUGGUGAUAGCAGUGGUGGGAUGGAAAUGGUUCAUCAGACAGUCCAACAAAGGAUCUCACUCGCGCAAGCAAAGUAUUACGACGAGACAAACCCAAACGACCCCUGACAAACUAAACGAGGAGGGCUGUGGCCCCUCGAGUAGUUGUGACGAUACUGGGUGCUCAGACGGGAAAACGAGUCAUGUAGAUUCAGUACCAAACACAGUAUCCACUGCAUCCAACACCACUCCCGUCCAGCAUUCCUUGAUCAUCGCUGCACCGUUGCCGGGACCACCAAUAACACCCCCAAAGAAUCCAGCUCGUGCUCUGCGACGUCCUUCUGAUCAAUUGAAAGAGAGCGCCGGACGUGGAAGCAGAACAUCAUUUGGGAGGGCUUCGAACAGGUUGUCUCAUAAAUCAACCAUCAGCACUGCUUCGGUGUAUUCUACCCAGACCGAGGAAGAACAAGUCCGCGUGCCCGUGGCUACCAUAACAGCAGCCUUGGACCACACUUUCGGCACUAGACACCUUUCGAGACUUGAUCAUAGCUCCGAGCCGCACACAAUCGGCGAACAGCAGGCGGAGUUGACAGUUCCCUGCUCAACACUGCGACAUUCUACGCACAGCGAUGCCAACCCACAUCGAGUUUCAAAUAUAAGUGCUGGGUCACUGUGCCUGCAGCAAGGGGCCCAGUCAACAGAUUCAAUUGGAGUGGCAUAUGGGGGCGAAGAAUCGUGA